CCUAGAGUGAGUAGUGAGUUGCGGGUUAGAGUGGCCACACGGAUGAACAAGUGAUAUGUGUGCGUUAAAUACAACUGUUGUCGUAAUCAUAAAUAUUGAUACUCAUUGCCUUAAUUAUUUUAAUUAUUGUGUAUUAAGUAAUGCUGGUGAGAUUAUAGUGAGUGAAGCUUAAAUUUGUUCGUUUCGAAAUUUUGGCGGGAGAUGACGCUUUUCUUAUUUAUCCCGAUGAAACAGUGGUGAAAUUGAAAAUCUGUGUGAAUUUCAUAUUCUACACGUAGGAUUUUCUUAUAUGGAUAUUAUCUUCAAAGAUCGAGGUGCUCUCGUAUUCAGCCAGUGUCUGUGGCAGUAGCAUGAGAUCCCUGAGAGGUGGUGAUAAGGAUGGCCCGGGUGGACAGUGGUCAUGAGACCCUCUUCUCGGAUGACUCCCCGUGCGAACUGGUCACAACGCCGUCGGCCUGCUCCAGCAGCGGGCUGGGCAGCGCCUCUAGCGGCAACAACAACCAGCACAGCUCUGAGGAUGCGGAAGCGACGCGUCUGGGUCCGCCGAAGAUCACACCGUUUAGUGGAGUUUUAGGAAAGGGAAAGGUUGUGAUACGGCCAAUCGCCUUCAAGCCAGUUGCCAUGACGCCGGCAGCCCGCUUCACCAAUAACGGUGAACGCUAUGGCUCCACCCCAAUUCUGGCUCGACCAGGUUCCCAGCUCACCCUCUACGGAAGUAGCAGUGACCUCAGGCAUCAUCGCGGCAGUAAUUCCAACUACUCCCUGGACAGGAAACUGCUGUCUUCUUCUACCUCAACAUCUUCCUCGCCGCCUCUAGCGAUGACAUCUCUGACGUCCCUUCCGCUAGUGUCGAGCCGGAAACUCGUCGGUUACGAUAGCCUGGAGAAUGUUCGCAAGCCCCUUACGUCCGGCAGCUCGCACAACAGCCAUGGAAACAGCUCCAAGUCUUUGCCUUUCCGGCUGCUGCCCGGAAGCGAUGGCGGUAGUCUGCUCCAUCUGGCACCCUCUCCAUCCGACUCUGGGGUUGCGGAACUGGAAGCUGCCCUCAGAGACCGCGACUCCGAGCUGGCCUACCUGCGUCAGACUAUGGAGCACAACGAGCAGGUUAUCUUCAGAGUGCAUCAGGAGAAGGAGCGUCUGUGGGAGCGGGAACUGCGACGCAUGAAGACCGUGCAUGAGAACAGGUUGCGAGCCGGUGCGCAGAAAGCUCUGAAACUGGAGCAGAUGCUCAUGAUGCAGACAUACCAGUUGCAGCAGGACAAGAAGAGGCUCCGUGAAGAGGCCGAGAGGGCGACGCUGGAGGCUGGAGAGCUGCGUCAGGAAGUGGACCUCCUGAGGGGUCGUCUGGAGGAGACAGAGUGGGGCCUCUGUCAGAAAACUGGCGAACUCUCACUCCUGAAGGCACAGCUUAAAGACUCUCAGGGAGAGCAGAUAACUAAGGACCAUGAGUUGCUUCAGUUGCGUGGACACACACGUGACCUGAAAGCGGAACUGGAACGUCAGGAGGCCGAGAUGGAUAUGCUACGACAGCAGCUGAAGGAGCGCGACGUGGGGAUUGGUAGUUUGCAGCGACUGACAGCGGAACUGGAAAAAAGUAAUCUAGCCGACAAGCGUCGCCAGGCGGAGUCCGACGCUGAGGUGCUGAGGUUGAAGUCAGAGAUCAGCAGACUGACAGAUCAGCUCCUCGAAGAAAGUUCUACCAACAAACAGAAACUUGAAGCUAACGAGUUAGAAGUGGGAAAGUUGCGGUCGAAUAUGUUGCAGUUGGAGAAGGACCUCAAAGUAGCACAGGAGGUGGUACAGUGUAGUCACGAGAUAUGUAACUCCAAAACACAACCUGGGAAUAAAAUGCAUGAAGUAAAUGUUGAAUUUUCGGAAUCGCGGGAGGCCAAUAAAACGGACGGUCGUGUGACAAACGGUGACAUUUGUUUGAGCAAGGAAGUGGAUCGACUCCGUGAAGAAUUGUCGCAAGAGAGAAAUGAGUUUGAGCAGGAGCGUGUCAUUUGGGCCCAGGAGAAGGAAAAGGUACUCCGGUAUCAGCGUCAGCUGCAGCUGAACUACGUGCAGAUGUUCAGGCGCACACGAACCUUGGAGGCUGAAGUGGAGAGUCUCACACUGGAGCUGGAACUCGAGACCAAAACGGGACGCACCACAACAGGCACGAAACAGCUUCCAGCUAUUGAUAUGGCUCAUACAAUCGAACUCUGACAGAUUUCCCGUAAGUAAUCUUCUGUACUGGAGGAAGGGGUGUUUAGAAAGAUGUCUUCAAGGUUCCGUAAACAAGGGGAACUUGAAAACAACUGUCGAAAAUUUCAGGAGAUCCGGCACCUUAACGAGGCAACUUGGUUAAAUAGACUAAAAAAAGGGACAUCGACUGGAGAGAAAAUAUUCUGUAAUUUCAAAACCAAUAAAUGUUCGGAUUCAUGAACUGUGUUCUAUGAAAUAUUGAGCUCUAUUUCCAGGCUGAUAAAUUAUGUUCCACGAAAGAAAACAUACAGCUGAAAAAUUUAAAUUGUUUACAAUCACAUUAUCAACUCCAAAUAAUAUUUUAUAGUUUAAAGCAUUAAUUUAUAUAAACAUUUUAAGUACAGUACAACAGCACGAGCGCUGUAUAUAAAUACCGUAUAUACUGUCUCAGUAUAGAAGAAAUUAAUCAUUUUAUUGAAAGAUAUUUGUAGUCUGUCAGAGAGUUUUAUGACGUGACCGGAUUCCGUCAAUCCAGCGAAGCACUUCAGAACUGACCAAACGUAAGGUUAUCUCAGAUGGCGUAACUUCCAGAUUUAGGGGAUUUUUGGCUGUGAUAGGAAUGGCUAAUAUACACAUCCAGCCUAUACUGGACUUAAACCCGUGGCCUCGUCAUGUGUUGAGACGUAAGUCAUGCUGCCGCUGGGGUGUCCAAGAGUUUUCGGUUAGCCGUGGGUGAAAUUGGUGAAAGUGUCAACAUUUCAUAUGGAAUUGUAUGUUACCCGGAAUCUUAAAUCAUGGAGCCAGCGGGGUCUCCAGCGUUCUGAACUUGCAAUGAUUAAAAUAUUUGAACCCGUCAAAAUUUUGUACAUAAUUAUUUUAUAAAAUUUAAAUAAUACAGGAAUUUAAAUCUCUCACUAAAUCAGCAUUUUCAAUUUGUAGUGGGUUAAAUGUAUGAACGUAUCUAAAUUUCGUAUAGAAUUUAAUAUUGUCUUGAAUUUUACUUAGUUCCUAUUCUCAGAAUAUAAGAGUUGGACACCAUAUUAUUUUCUGGGCAUCCAGGAAAUUUCCUCUUGUUAUGCAGAGGCAUAUUUGGAAAUAUGUUGGGUCUGUUUCAAUAUAUAUGAAUCACAAAGGACACAGUCUGAGUCUAUGUUACGACCGACGGUCAGUCGGCCAGUCUGUCUUGGAAUAGAGCACCCAUCUCGGGCUUACACCAGAUUUUUAUUACUGUCAGACAGUUGCGGGUUUGUUGAUAUGGGGCGCUGUCUCUGACGAGAGGACGGG